CUGGUGGACGCAUACGGGGUGGAACCGCGAGGCUACUAGCAGUUCCUCGGGUAGCAGCAGAUCUUUGACUAGCAAUAUGACUCUAUCAGAAUCCAAAUAUAGCCGUUGUCUAUGUUGCUAGGUCACUUAACAUAACUGCUAAUUGUUGUGAUUGAGUACAUUAGUGAAUUUGCAACGUUCUUCAACCGGUUGUCGACAUAACGAGCCCUUAUGGAUGCAGUGAACGCGUUCAACAUGGAGCUGUUCUCCAUGAUUGACAUGAAGCCUCCAAUAUCCCGUGCUAAGAUGAUGUCUGUAACAAAAUCGGCCAUCAAAGCUAUCAAGCUUUAUAAACAUGUUGUCCAGAUUGUUGAAAAGUUCAUCAAGAAGUGCAAGCCAGAAUUAAAGGUCCCUGGUUUGUAUGUGGUGGAUUCCAUUGUUCGACAGUCUCGGCAUCAGUUUGGCGUAGACAAGGAUCUAUUUGGGCCCAGAUUCUUGAAGAAUUUCACAGAAACCUUCCAAAAUCUUUACCGCUGUCCAGAGGAUGACAAGAGCAAAAUUGUCCGCGUCUUGAAUCUGUGGCAGAAGAAUGGUGUGUUUGACAUGGACAUCAUUCAGCCUCUGAUGGAUAUGGCCAAUGGAAUUGUUGUAACUGCCCCUGCACUGGAAGUAACUGCUGACCCCCAACCAGAGACACAGCUUCCUGUCACUAGUGCCUCAGUUGCGCCUGCUGUGCCUCAGCUACCCACUCCUGAUGCCUUAGCAGCUGUGGCACAGCUUUUUCAGUCCCCACAUGGUCAGGAGCUGCAGAGGAUGCUCCAAAACUUCCAGCAUACAGAAAGGACCCUGGCAGCCACCACUGCAAACAACAUACCAAACCAACCCCAGAUACCUGUGGCCCAGCUCAACACGUACAGUGCACACACUGAAAAGAAAAGCUCUUUAGCUGAGAAACUCCUUGACCGAUUUGACUAUGAUGAUGAACCUGAGGAUAUGAUGGCUAAAGAAGGCAUGAUCCACUCACAAGGACCUCCUGAAAACGUGUUUAACCAAUUUCCUGGACAGAUGCCCAACUCAGAGAAUGUUCAUCCACAUAUGAUGGGACAGACUAUUGUUAUAGAGCACGGUGGAGGAAUGAGUCAUGGUGAACAUCAUAUGAUGCGAGAUGGAUAUCAUUCCAUGAAUGAGGCUUAUUCACAACCACGGGGAAAUUCAAGAGAAGACUCAUCUAUGAAGCGGGAGGGCAGACACAGAGGCUAUGGCAGGAGAUCAAGAUCCAGAUCUGGUUCAAGAUCUCCCAGGAGAAGAAGAUCAAGAUCUUCCUCCCGCUCGAGAAGGUCAAGGCAUCGACGCUCUCAUUCUCGCUCCAGAGAACGGCGCUGGAAGUCUCGCUCUCGUUCUCAGGACAGGAAUGAAAGGGAGAAGGACAGAGAGCGCAGACAGAAAGGUCUUCCAAGCAUAAAGAGCCAGACACUCAGUGUUUGCAGCACUACACUUUGGGUUGGACAACUAGACAAGAAAACUCAGCAGUCUGAUGUGAUGUCCCUUCUGGAAGAGUUUGGCCAGAUUGACUCUGUCAAUAUGAUUCCUCCUAGGGGUUGUGCCUAUAUUGUUAUGGUUCACAGACAAGAUGCCAACACAGCCUUGAACAAACUCAGUAGGGGGUCAUACAAAGUCAAUCAGAAACCCGUAAAGAUUGCUUGGGCAUUGAACAAAGGUAUAAAAUCAGCGCACAAAAAGUUCUGGGAUGUGGAGCGGGGAGUUACCUACAUUCCCUGGAGUAAAGUUAAGGUUGAAGAGUUGGAGAGCUAUCGGGAAGGGGGUAUACUGGACGCAGAGACACUAAAUCCAGAGUGGAAUAAUGGCAAGGAUCUCAAUAAGCAGGCGGCUGUGAAUGGAGCACUGGAAAGUGUACCAGCGGAUGGAACCAUCACUGCUCACAUUCAGGUGCCACCAGUUCAACAGGCAGCACCCAUCGGAAGUCCCCCUGCUUUUCCUGGCCCCAUCAUGCUGUCCCCUACACCUAUGGCUCCAGGAGGAGCUCCUUUCAUCCCCACAGAGUUUGACCCUACAAAGUUAGCACCAGCAGGAAGUGUAAAACCUCCAGAAGAGUCCACCAUGGAUUCUAAGGGAGAUAAAGGUACACCCUCAGAUCUCGGCACCGACAACCAGCUGGGGUCUCCGACGGUACCGGUGAUGACCAUGCCAGGCCCAGGGGUCAUGCCGGGUCCCAGGCUGGGUAUGCCACCUCUGCAGCCUCCUCCCGGCAUGCCAAAUCCUCAUCUACCUCCUUUCUUCUCACCUCCAAACAUGCCACACAUGCCCCCGCAAAUGAUGCCCAGAGGACCCAUGUUUCCACCAGAUAGGUUCAGAAUGCCUAUGCCCUUUCCUCCCCGUGGCCCUCCUUUCCAUCGACAUCCUUCUAUGGGACCAGAGGGCAUGGAAGACAGAGAAGGGAGGCAUUUCCGAAAUGGGAGGGCAGGGUUUGGGUGCCCACCCUUUCACAGAGGGAGGUGGUAGCGGUCAGCAGAAUGAAGGACUUAAGGGGAGAGGAUGCUGAAUCACUGUGACAGAUACUAAGUAUCAGGACAUAUGGUUCACGGGACUGCUGUAAACAAUUGGAGGUGCAGAAACUUGGGCUCAGACUUUAUUUUACACCACCAGAACCUUUUCUUAGUGUCAAAUAGACAUUGGAAAAAAAGACAGUGUUCUGAAUGUGGUCCAUGCUCCUUCGUGUUCACCAGAAAAGAGACUCUUUGCUGUAAAUAUUUCAUGUGCUUGUAGCUAUUUGCUAUCUUUUUGUAUAUUUGAACUUGUGUAGUUUAUGCUUCAGUCUGAUCUUAGUAGUUGGGGGUAAAAACAAAGGCAAAGUCUGUAUUUUUGUGCUUAUUCUGUCACCAGAGUUUUUGUGUAUGGAAGGAGACUGUAAAAAGCUAUAACUCAUACCUUUUUUGGUAUUUUGUUUUUAGUAAAAAGCCUUUGUAACACACUAAUGUUUGAUUCUUCACUAGAGAAGUUUGUUUUCAUUUGAAGAUUUCAUGUCCUGCCAGUAGAGGGUAGAGUAAACCCUGUUACCAUGGCCAACCUCUGUUGUACAUUAAGGUCACACCUUGUAUGAUCAUGUGUAGUGAAUAUUAAAAAAGAGGUACCAACAUUU